GCGCACGCGCUUCUUUCCGCCCAGGGUUGGCGAGGAACCGGCCAUUCUCUACACAAGACAGACGACUCAAUUGGCCUCGCAAAGCCUCUCUUACUCAAUCGCAAGGCCAACACCAAGGGCCUUGGCAACACAAAACAUUUCACAAGCGACAUGUGGUGGAUGAACGCCUUUGACGAGCAGUUGAAAGGCCUCGACACCUCUAAAAAGGGCCAGGUCGUGCAAACCGUCAAGACCGGCAAGCUCAACGCGCUAGAUCACGGGAACGUGUCAAAAUACUCGGUUUACGCUUCAUUUGUACGAGGCGGGUUUCUCGAUGGAACACUCAGUGUAGAGACGACAGACGACUCGACAAGCAGCGAUUCGGAGAAGAGCGACGAUAAGAAGACAGAGGCGAAAGCUACAAAAUCCAAGGAGACCAAAGAGGAGAAGAGAGUUCGAAAAGAAGAGAAAAGGAAGCGAAAAGAGGCUAGAGCUCUGAGAAGAGCGGCCAAGGCUGAAAGAAGGUUAAAGAGAGCCGGGGCGAAGAAAGACACGUCUGAUUCUGGCAGUAGUGGAAAAGAAGAGAAACUCCUUAGACGUGUGCAGAAGGAAGAAAAGCGCAAGCGGAAAGAAUUAAAAAAGGAGAAAAUCUAAUAAGGAUACUGGAAUGGAGGAUUCAUAUACGGCGCAUUAGCAGGGAGUUUGGCUUCUUCUUUUUUUCUCUCAAACGCAAGGGAUACCCAAAUAGAGUGCGUUUCAAGUUUGUAUUUCUUUGGAUGGAUUGGCUGGUCGGCCAGGCUUGCCAGAUAGAAUCCAAGGCCGCUUGUCCCAAAAUUCGUCCCUGAUGAUAUCCAAGUGUUCCACGACCACUUUUGCCUUGGCUCUGCGCUUCUUAUCCUUUUCCGCUUGUGACUUUGACUGCACUGCUGGCUCCGCAAGGGCAUCUGCUGCAGCAGCUUCAUUAUGACUGCCAGGAUCGACCAAUUCAUACUACAAACGUCAGUUCUAAAUGCAACCAAUCUUGACAUGGCCUG